AUGGGUCAAGCUGAAGAGAUACGUCUGUCAGCCAGUACGUCGCCACACAACGUUACGGUGUCACCUCAGAAGAGACAGCGUGGCGAGACUUUGUCGGAUGAAGUAGUGAAAGAGGAGUUAGAUUUCAGACUUCGUUUACAGUCUUACAAGAUUGAUUGGCACACGAAGUCAAAGUCAAUCUCGCCAUGGAUUUGUGCUCGCUAUGGUUGGAUAUGUUUAGAGAAAGACCUUUUGCAGUGUGUAUCAUGUAAAAGUUAUCUACCGACAUAUUUGCCUUCACUAGCGAAUUUCAAGGAAUAUAACGUGCGUUUGAAGCGCAUCGAAUCCGGUAUCAUUUCAUCGCACGAGCAGAGCUGUUUUUGGCGAUCGUGCCCCUGUUCCGAACAAUACUGCACACCGAAGGUCGACGAUAAGGCAGUCGUGUUGCAGGAAAUGAGGAAUCGUUGUGAGCUCCUGAGCCGAGUGUCCGACGACAUCAGAGACACAAACGUCGUAGGUGCCGAAGCGUUGAACAUCAAAGUGGAGAUUGAUUUCCUACGACAGAAUUUCUUCCCUUCGUUAGACGAAAAGUUGCUUCUGUUAGCUGUUACCGGAUGGACUGACCCAAACAAGUUUCCUCCGUGGAGUGAAGUUGUAACAGUCACAUGCCAUUAUUGUUGCCGAGAGUUCGGUUUACUUCCGUUCAAGCUGUCAAUCGUUACUUCUGAUGAUACAGAUUGUAGUGAAACUAACGAUGCUGCGUCGCAUGGUUUGAGCACACACCACAAAGGAAAGAAAGAUAAAGUGCUGAAUCCCGCAAAACAGCACUACAGCUGGUGCCCUUGGUUGACCAAACUUUGUUUUCCUUUGCCCAUUUCGUCUGACAAAAACGAUUUGGACGAAUUGCAACUGUACAACGAUAAUUUAGUCGAGGUGCUACCGGAACCGAGGCUGUUCCCUCGUUGGCAAUUUGCUCUUGUUCUUUUUGUUGAACUGACAAAGCCAAUUUUAAAAAUCGAGAUGGAAGAGCAACAAGAGCUUGAGGAAGCUUGUCGACUGCUGUUGAAUGAACUGGCUACCAAGGUCGAAAAGAACCUGAGCUCUUGCUGA